CAGGGCUGCUACGUUGUUCGGCCAGAAUUCUGUUCAGCUUUAGCCACCAAAAAACGUCAGUAAACAUGAGUCACCAUGUCCCUUGAUCAAGAUCGUCCCCUAGCCUUCAAUACUGCCCCGCCUGAUCUGCCGGUAAUCACUUUGAGAGGGCAGCUGGAUCAGUUGCGCAUGUGCAAGUCAUGCACGGAGGAUCUUGCGGAAGGGAAGCAAGUUAGCCUCCAAACGAUCCGAGGAAGCGCAUCCCAAUUCACAUGCCCCGUAUGCAAGAUAGUUCACCUGGCAGUCGAGAAACACUUCCCGGAGCACCCAGCCGACCUGGUUUUUGUUGUGAUAUCCCCUGACCGACUGUACAUGACACUACACGGCGGCCCGGCUAGCGACAAGAAGGACUAUCCUCAAUACUCUCAAAUAGACAUAUUUACGGACAAUGGGGCAACGCCAUGCGAUCUUUGGUUUGUGGGCGUUCGGCGACUGUAUGGUACCCCAAGGGCAGAUGCAUGGGCUAGAUUCGCCGCGGGGUCAUUGGAACGAUGCAGGGAGACACAUGGCGAAUCCUGCCAGCUUGUCGAGGAGGCAAGGCUGCCAACUCGGGUGCUGGAUGUUGGGACCGAUGAAAGCUCACUAGUGAAGUUGCACAUCUCCCAACCUGGGGAAGAACCGGUUUAUACCGCACUCAGUCACUGCUGGGGAGGCGACAUCGCCAUCAAGACCACGAAAGAUACAUUCGAGACCAAGCUGCGAGGCCUAGAACUAUCCGCCCUGCCACCAACCUUUCGGGAUGCCGUCAUCUUUACCCGGGGAUUGAAGAUACGAUACCUUUGGAUUGAUUCCAUGUGCAUCAUCCAGGAUGACCAGCAGGACUGGGCGAAAGAAUUUGUAAAGAUGGGGUCGGUCUACCGCGGUGCGACGGUCACCAUUGCGGCCAACAUGUCGGAAACCAGCAAGACGGGAUUCCUGGAAGCAGACCCUGUUCUCUUUGCUGAGCGGUGCCGGCGGGGUCAGCCAGAGGUUGCUCAGGUCACAAACUUUGACGGAUCGGUCUCGACCAUCUACUCGCGCCUCAGAACCCACCACGAGAGCGCAGCAUUGCCUCUAGGGGGGCACCCCAACGGCGAAUCCUCGAUAGGGGUCGACUUCGUCGGGAGGCGCGCAUGGACGCUGCAGGAGCAGCUGCUUUCGCAGCGAAUGGUUCAGUUUCUUGGUGCCGAGAUGCUGUGGGAAUGUCGGACAGCGGCCUGGUGCGAGUGUAUGGAACAUGGUUUUGAUGGGCAAAAGUCAUCCGCCGCGUCCUCGUACAGACUUUCGCUAGAGAGGGGCAUCCUGAGGGCCGACGCAACGCAGCACUCUUGGAGGGACCUCGUCUGCAACUAUCUUGCAAGGCAGCUUACGUAUAGCAGCGACUUUUUUCCUGCCCUGUCCGGGUACAUCACACACCUGCAAAAUUUAGGGGCGGGGAGAUAUCUAGCCGGUAUAUGGGAGCGGCAACUGCUCAUCCAGAUAUGCUGGUAUUGGGCCGCACCCACCGACAUGGAAAGGACCGCCACUUACCGUGCUCCUUCUUGGUCCUGGGCAUCCUUUUCUAUCCCGCCAUCUUCGAGUCAACGGCAAGAGGUUCACAGGUCUAAUCGCUUACGUUACGCAGGGGGGGACUUGCCGAACAGAAUUACUUGCAAGAAUAUGAAGAGCGAGUUACUUGCAACACACUUUGAACCCGCAAGUCACGACCCCAACGGGCCAGCCGCGUCUGCCUGUAUCCAGGUCAAGGGAAGGGUACUCCCGCUAGUCAGAUCGGAGGCGGGUCAUCACCUACAGGGUAUCCCGCCACGCGACAGAAAGUAUCAAAAAGCCGAUCCCGAUGCGGGUGUUGCUGGCCAAUCUGCCGCAUCACUGUUUUACGAGUUCCAUUUUGACCCGGAUGCGGAUGCCGAAUCUGUUCUGAACCAUUUUGGGCUUUUGGUAUAUUUAGAGGACCUGGACCUGGACCUGGCGGACUCUAGAGACACGCUCGACGCAGACUCUUUCACCGCGGCCGGUCUGGUCCUUGCCGAGCUCGACCAACCUCUCACGGCCAGCGCCUGUGGCUUUGACCCAGAUGGUGUCGCGAUGCUCAACUCGGAAAACCGCGUUUUUAGGAGGGUGGGCCUGUUUAAUAUGGUCGCGACCAAUUUUAAAAGCAGUUCCAAAAAGGCCACAGACGGCAACAAUGACACCUCGACACACGGGCUUGUGCAGCAUUCUCCAUGGUGGGAUUCUGACAAGAGGCUGGGCCAUGCGCCGAUGGAAACGAUUUGUAUUGUUUGAUUGAUGUGACCCUUGGACAAAACCUCGAGCAAGUCGGACUCUGCAGACAGAGUACAGUGUUUGGUGGCAGCACGUUAGGGCGAGGAUAAUGAAACACAAACGCGAUGUGAUUUACGUUUCAAACGGCCUGACGGUACAUAAAUAUGCCGCCAUACCACAGUUUUACCUUGUUCUCUUC